UUUGAGAAGACUGCCAUUGCCUCUGCUAAGAUCUAUUCUAGACACUUCUGUCUGAGAAUAUGAAAGAAAAGGAAGAAUGUGUGUGGAUUUAAAGUUACUCCAUUUAUCAAGUUGUGGAGUGAGAAGUACUGAGGAAAUAGCUUGCUCUGUUUAUUGUAGAUCUACUACAAAUUGUUUCUGAUGCAGCUGAGAAAAAUGCAGACCCUUAAAAAGGAACACGGACCUGUUGACACAAGUAGCAAUGUGGACAAAAUCAUGGUACUUAAGUCUACUUUAGCAGAAGUGUCUGAAGAAUUGUCCACAAAUGAAGAUAUACUACUUACUGAAGCAAGUAGUGGAAAAAGCAAAUCUUCAGCUUGCCGGAGAAAGCGAGAAUUCAUUCCAGAUGAGAAGAAGGAUGCUAUGUAUUGGGAGAAAAGGCGGAAAAAUAAUGAAGCUGCCAAAAGAUCUCGUGAAAAACGACGACUGAAUGACCUUGUCUUAGAGAACAAACUAAUUGCACUGGGAGAGGAGAAUGCCACUUUGAAGGCAGAGCUGCUUUCGUUGAAGCUAAAGUUUGGUUUAAUUAGUUCUGCAGCCUAUGCCCAAGAGAUACAGAAACUCAGUAGCUCAACAACUGUGUAUUUCCAAGACUAUCAGAGUUCCAAAUCAAAUAUUAACUCAUUUGUAGAUGAACAUGAACCAUCUAUAGUUGGUAGCAGUUGUAUUUCUGUCAUUAAACAUUCUCCUCAAAGCUCAAUGUCCGACGUGUCUGAAAUAUCAUCUGUAGAGCAUACUCAGCCAAGUCGUAUACAAAGCAACUGCAGAAGUCCCGAAAAUAAGUUCCAGAUUAUAAAACAGGAGCCCGUGGAAUUAGAGAGAGAGCCAAGAGAUGACAGAGGUUCAUAUAAAGCAUCCAUAUAUCCAAACUACAUGGGAGCUACCUUCAACGUGUACUCACAUUCUCCUCCUCUCUUGCAAGUUAAUAGGUCCUCCAGUAAUUCCCCCAGAACGUCAGAAACUGAUGAUGGUGUAGUUGGAAAGUCAUCUGAUGGAGAAGAUGAACAGCAGGUUCCUAAGGGUCCAAUCCAUUCCCCAGUUGAACAUAAAAAUGUUCAUGCAACAGUUAAAGUUCCAGAAGUGAAUUCUUCAGCUUUGCCUCACAAGCUUCGAAUUAAAGCCAAAGCCAUGCAAGUUAAAGUGGAAGCAAUGGAUAAUGACUAUGAUGCAACACAGAAAUUGUCAUCACCCAUUGACAUGUCCUCAAAAAGGCAUUUUGAGCUUGAAAAACAUGGUGCACAAAACUUGGUGCAUUCUUCUCACACUCCUUUCUCUGUUCAGGUGACGAACAUCCAAGACUGGUCACUUAAACCAGAACUCUGGCAUCAGAAGGAACUCAAUGUAAAAAUUCAGAGUGGUUGCAAAACUGGAGUUGUUGAAAUAAAAGACAGUAUCUACAAUGUGUCUGAGUCAGAGAACCUGUAUCUGAAGCAGGGCAUAGCAAACUUAUCUGCAGAGGUUGCUUCACUUAAAAGACUUAUAACCACACAACAAAUCUCUGCAUCAGACUCUGGUUAAGUUACUACUGAAUAAAGGCUUAUUGUUUUAAAUGAUGUCAUUUGCAGUAGAUCAAUAUGUUUUGUAUUAUGCUGAAUUUUCACUGGACUUGUGAUGUCAUUUCACUGUAAUGUUCACAUAAUGUCUGAUUGGUGUCUUUUUGUGCACAAAUUAUUAUGAAGACUAGGUUGUGUUAUGAUCACUAUGCCUUGCGUAUAGUCAAGUAGCCUGUACAAAGGCUGUAUAUAGUGAACUUUAUUUUCUUUUUGUUCUACUAUAAAGCGUGCAAGUUACCAGUUACAAUAAAAUAUUGGUGACAAACA